AUGGAUGAAGAAACACGCCCUCUAGGCUCUAGACAGCCUCAACCGAUAUUAGAUCUACUCCCACCGCCAGAUACACCAGCAGAAGAAGAUCCUCUCCUGGCAUCUCUCACUAAUGAUCUUGACGUUCGUAUCUUACACCGUCGGAACCAAGCUCAGCCCAACCCUGAUAAGGACUUUGGUAUGCCCUAUCCGUUGACCACAUCACGUAACAGUAUUUCUUCUGCGAAGUUCGAACAUGUUGCCAGCCUACCUGCAUAUCCCAAAACACAUCCAUAUGGGUAUACAUAUGUGGUUAACUUGGAAGGAUUAGCACGCGAGCAGGCUGAAGCAGCUAUGGCAGAGGUGCAAUACUCACGGAGUCUUUCACGCACAGAUUCCAAUGUUAUGUGUAGCUACCUGGAGACACGUUGCAUCAAAAGGACAUACAAGUGUUCUGGCAUCAAGAUUUGCAAAUGGCUCCAUGAGGAUCUAAGAGGUCUUAAGCACUCAUCAGUGGACAGUGAUCUGGUUUAUACCAUCACACAGAUCCGCAAGGAGCUUCAAAAGGCCGAUACUCUCACAAAACCCCAACGCGAGAGCCUAGGAGGUGGAACAAGCAACCUUACAACCGACGACACAGCUACCCAUCAUUUCCACAAGAGCCUUAUUCGCCAAGAGAAGUUUGAUAUCGAUUUACUAGCGCAUCUAGUAGCGAAUCCCGCUAGUUUUGAGGAAGAUUACGCGUCUUUGCGCUGCGGCGUAGCAGAAUCCACCAAGACACGCAAACAAGCGUGCGGUAAUAUCCACCCCCAGGGCGACGGGGAGCUGGUGCGAGAGACGUGUGGUGUAAGGUUUAUCACAUAUAUCCCCGUGGAUCUCAACCAGCAGCAUAAGGCUUUGUUUUGGUCUCAAGGGAUUGUCGAGCCGCUCGGUAUCUCCUUCGCGCUCACGUCGGCCUUCACGUACCCCUUCGCCAUCACCUAUCCGCCUUCAAUUUCCCAGUCACGACCGAAUAAAGUUCAACGUCUCGCAUCAACCAAUCAUUUUCAGCAAGAUCAACAGAAAGAUAAUGUCUCUUAUGCUGAUGAACUACAAAUGGCGAAUCUUCGAUUACAACUAGCUCAGAGGGAACUUGAGCUUCAGAGGAGAGAGAUUGAGCUCCAGGAACGAAAGAGGGCUGCAGAGAUUAGGAAGUUGCAGGAUGAAAUCACCAUACGGAAGCUUCGAGCUGAACUUGCAUCUAGCCAUAACUAG